UGUCAGUCAAAAUUGGCGACGACUUCGAUGGACGUCGAGAUCUCUGCGCCUCCAACGCGAACAUUCUGUGCCCCUCUCUCACCGGAGUUCCAAUUCUCGUUUCUGCUCAACCGGCGCUGUCGACUCUGAGAGCACUCUGCCCUCUCCGUUCUGUUUGUAGGUGUAGCCUCCGGAUUUCGUCUUGCUUCGCCUGAUUGAUUGCAGGGUAAUCUUCCGCUUCCUCGGCUUCUGGUAUUGAUAAUUGGGACCGUUAUUAGCUUAUUGGUUUCCUGAAGGAUCUCGGGAUGUUUAGUCUUCGAUUUUUAAGUUGAAAAAGGGCAUCAGACAUUGAAAGAUCAAGUUCAUAUCAUCUCAUUUUGCAAUUUAAGCGAUAGUUGGUUAAUUUUCUCAUAGUCAAUCGUUUGGGGAAGCCUUUUAAAAGGGGCCAAAGUUGGAUCUUCUAGGUGUAACAAGAAGGUUUAAUCGGGAGAAUUGGAGCUUCUGUCACGAAGUGGAAUGCUGGUUUAUGCUGAUUUUUAAGCUAGAAGGCUGAAUUUUUAGGCCAGGAGAGUUGAUAAAUGAUCUGGAGAGGGUCCUUGGGUUGAAGGUUGUCGCCUUCUUGUUAUAUUUGGUGACAGGGAAGCCCUUUCCUUAUCCACAGGUUUGUAUAAGAAGAAAAAUUUCGUUGAUAGGAAGGGAAUUGUGGCAUCAUUGGUAGCUCGAUUAGCAGGCAAAGAAUACAGAGGAAGGAAUUCUUUUUUGGGAAUCUUCUGAGGAUUCAAGCGGUCCAAGACUCCAAAUUAUGAAACUACGCAAUAUUAAAGGACUGGCGUCGGUAUGAUACGAUGGUCUUUGUAAGUGUAGCUUUUGUCAUCAUAGGUUACCCUUUCCACUUUGCUGACUGAAGAAUGGAUGGACCAAGCGGUGGAAGUGCCCCUCCUCCUUUUCUCACGAAAACAUAUGAGAUGGUUGAUGACUCAUCAACAGAUUCCGUUGUCUCGUGGAGUGAAGGUGGCAACAGCUUCAUCGUGUGGAACCAACCUGAGUUUGAAAGAGAUCUACUUCCCAAGUAUUUCAAGCAUAACAAUUUCUCCAGCUUUAUUCGGCAACUUAAUACAUAUGGUUUCAGAAAAAUAGAUCCUGAUCAGUGGGAGUUUGCAAACGAUGAGUUCAGAAAGGGCCAACGACAUCUCCUGAAGAAUAUUCACAGACGUAAACCAACAUAUAGCCAUUCUUUGCCUCCCAACCAAAAGCAAGUUCAUUCUUCAGGGACAUUAUCUGAGUCAGAAAAGCAGGAGCUGGAGGAGGAAAUAGGGACAUUGAAGCAUGACAAGAGUGUGCUUAUGUCGGAGCUACAUAGACAUAUGCAGCAGCAAAACAAAUUAGAUUUGCGGUCACAGACUUUGGUGGAGAAGUUGCAACUUGCAGAACAACGGCAACAGAAAAUGUUGGCCAUUGUGGAUCAGACUGUGAAUAAGCCUGAGAUAACUUCUUUUCUAGUUCAGUUAUGCGAAGCUUCUAGGUAUUCAUCACUUGCUAAUAAAAAGCGAAAAUUGCCAAGGCCUGAUAAAUCCUCUGAGGAGGCCGAUGCAGAGGAUAAUGGAACUAUGGAUUUUCAAAUGCCAGGAAGUGAAAGCUCAGAUUUCAGUUUCAGGCAGCCUUUGGAUGUGGAAGCAUUUUACGACAUGGAAUCAUGCUUAAAAUUUUUGGAAAUGUUUUUCCGCCGUAUUGGUCAGGCUUCUGGGGAGGAAAUGGAUAUUUUUGAUGAUUUAUGUCAGCCUUCUGCUGCAGUUUUUGAAUCACAAGCGGUGUCUCCAUGUGCAGAUGCGUUUUCUCGUCCCCAAUCUCCUGGAGCAUAUUUACCACCUUCUCAGUUGACAGGUUCUGGUCCUUCUCUUGAAUUGACAGAAUCCACAACUCACCGUGAAACCACAGUUACUGCUCCUGAGCAACCCAGACAUACACAACUAAUGCAAGACCGGUCAAGGAGCUCAAUGGUGGACAUGAACCUGAUGCCUGCUACACCUGAACUUAGGUCAUCCAAGAAGACAAAUGUUUUAGCAACUAGUACUGGAGCCCCAGCUAGGGUAAAUGAUGUGUUUUGGGAACAAUUUCUUACUGAAACUCCAGGUUCUAUGGAUAGUCUUGAAGUCCAAUCUGGAAUGCAUGACCGUGAUGACAAAAAUUUAGCCGCUAGAUCAAGCGAGAAUGAUAUUUUUUGGAGGAACAAGAAAAAUGUGGAUCAUCUGACAGAGCAGAUGGGGCAACUAACCUCAGCUGAGAAAACCUGACGCAGACCUGUGAAAUACUCCUUAUAUUAGUCACUCAUUAUUUUUGUUCCAAGCUUCUACCGGGCGAUCCUCUGUUGUAUAUUUCUUUUCAUGGAUAUAUUCAUGCUUACAAAUUGAGUUUCUUCUCAUCUCUGCAUUGCUGAAUACAUGUUCAUCACUCCGUAUU